UGUGACCAAUCCAGCAUACUCAGCUUUGCUCAAGAGUACAUUGAGAUCAUAGAUUAUCUGAGAAAAUCAGUUGAAAUUCGUCCGAAAGAAACCCAAACCAUUCAAAUUAUUGAGGAUCCAAAGAACCAAAGUUCUCUUAUCGGUUCCAUUGUAACUUUCAACUGCACUGCUACUGGUAGUCCCAGGCCAACCAUCUCUUGGGAAAAGAAUGAUGAUCCAUACGCUUUACAAACCAACCCAAGGGUAGAGGAGAAGGUUAUUGUGUUAGACAACAAAGCCGUUCGUAGUCAGCUCUUGUUAACAGGAACUGAGUUGGAAGACAAUGGUAAAUACCACUGCGUGGCUAAUAACAGCGCUGGAGAAAGAAUAUCAAGAGUGUCUUUCUUAGACCUCCAACCUAUUCAAGAUGUGGAGGAUCCAAAGAACCAAAGCGCUGUUGUUGGUUUUGGUGAAAUUUUUAUCUGCAUCACCAGGAGUCAUCCAAAGCCAAGCAUCUCAUGUGUACAGAGCAAUAAUGCUCAUUCGACGCAAUCCACUCCAACGACCAACUUCCAUCCAUCAGACACCCCGACUGUACCUCAAAUUGUUGAAGAUCGGUGGAACCUUAGCAUUGUCAUCGGUUCGGAUGUAACUUUGAAUUGUAUUACCACUGGUCAUCUCCAGUCAACCAGCAGGUGGAUCAAGAACAACAAUUCGUAUUUUUUCCAAUCCUAUUCAAGGGCAAAGAUCACUCGAGUUCGACGUGACCAAACUACUCAUUACCAACUAUCUAUAGAAAAAGUGAAGAAGAAAGAUGGGGGCAAAUAUCAGUGCAUUGCAAAUAACAUAGCUGGUGAUGAGACUUCAGUCGAGGUCAACUUACAUGUCAAUCAAUUAGAUCUGAAAUUUGAAUCGCGCACGCUGGCAGGAAGGACUGGAUUGACAAUUUUUCAGCUGACUGUGAUCACUUUCGUGGUUUCUACAUUUGUUUUUGCAGUUGGCGCAUUUUUGUGGGAUCGACGUCCUGUAAAGAUUAGCAAGUUACCCGUGAGCAGCCUCCAAAAGUCAGACAGUCCAUCUCAUGUCUAAUUUCAUCGGCAAGCGAGGCGAAACAAAAGAAAUCCAGUUUGGCACGAAUAAUAAUAAUAAUCAUCAUCAUCAUAAUAAUAAUAAUAAUAAAAUAUUUUACCAUGGUAAACCCGUCAGCAGAAGCUGUUAUCAAUGGGUGCCCUGGGAAACAAAAAAUAGCAAAAUAAUAAUAAAAGCCCUAAGAGCUAUUGCAAUAUACUUAAUAAGAUAAAGACUAUGGGAAAGUAAAUGCAUAGAAGAAGUAUCAAAAGCAAAAUUAAAAGUUAAUUGCAUAGAAAAUCCUUAAGCUUCGUUUUGGACAUUAACAGGGAUUCAAGUUUGGUGGUAAAUUAUUGAAAGCUUGUGCCCCAGAAUAUAUAGGUACAGCGGUUAACCUGACUUGUUUAGCGCAGCCCAGGGGCAUUGAUGCUCACUCUUACGAUAGAUGGACUGAGUGCAUUCAGCGGUACGACCCACAGGGCAAGCCAGUUGGACAUAAAUGUGUGUAGGGUAGACGAAUGGUGUUAAGAGCCGCUGCCUCUAAAUAUCA